AGUUCUAACGCGUACCCGGUCCGCGCGCAAGCUUUGACAGCCCGCGUGUUACCAACAACUUUUUUGAAAUGCAGACCAAUCAAAUAGAUGAUGAACAGAUUACUAUGCUCAGGCGAGCAUUCAGCAUGUUUGAUUCGAGCAAACAGGGCAGAAUUGAGAAGGAAAAAGUACGCACCAUUCUGAACACCAUGGUACACAGUUACGACGACAGGGAACUCGACCAAAUGCUGGACAGUGAAGACGCUGAUGGGAGCGGCAAAUUAAACUUCGAUUCAUUCGUGCGUGUGGCCACACAUUUCCUCGAUGAAGACGAUGAAGCACUUCAGAAGGAACUCAAGGAAGCAUUCAGAUUAUAUGACAAAGAAGGUAACGGGUAUAUUCCUACAUCUAGCCUCCGAGAGAUCUUAGCAGCUCUUGACGAUCAGCUAACGCCUGACCAGCUCAACGAAAUGAUAGCCGAAAUAGACACCGACGACUCGGGCACUGUUGACUUCGAUGGAUGCAGAUUUACCCGCUCGUCUGCCAUUGUCCGUGCACAAUGGUUGGUCUGCAAGCUGGACAUAUUAAAAAGAUUGCUCAAAUGGAAGCAGCCAGUCAUAGCCAAUGCCGAACUGGAAGUAGCCAAUUUGGAACUGGAGGUGUGCCUCCAGUUGUGA